UGAGCCCUCACAGGUGUGGUUCUGCGACAGGAGGCGAAUCGCUUCAGCCAUGCAGGAGAGACAGGACGUUCCUCUGGGGACACUGCGGCCACAGACCCGGUGCCUGCGAUGUGGGGACGCACUGGAGUGGUCGGAGGAGCACAGUGUCCCGCUGGGCUGCUCCUGCUGCGCCACGGCGGAUGAAGCACUGGAGAAGGUGGCCCGAGGCCUGGCCAGCAAGAUGAGGAGGGAGAGGAGCCACUGGGCAGCUGGACGAGUGGGCGACAUCGACUUCACCGGCGCCUCCAAGAAGAGGGGAAAGUUCAUGAGGGUGCGCAGCGACACGGACCCGGUGCUGAUCUACCGGAUGCUGACGGAGGAGUGGGGCCUGGCCCCCCCGCACCUGGUGGUGGCGUUGGUCGGGGGCGACGAGCUGACUCAGAUGAAGCCGUGGCUCAGGGACACGCUGAGGAAAGGACUCGUGAAGGCCGCGCAGAGCACAGGGGCAUGGAUUCUGACUAAUGGGCUCCGCUUCGGCAUCACGAAGCACUUGGGCCAGGCGGUAAGAGAUCACUCCUUGGCCAGCACCUCCUCCAAAGUUCGUGUCGUGGCCAUUGGCAUCGCACCCUGGAACAUGAUCCACAAUCGAGAGGCUCUGCUCACGGCCAAGGUGGACGAGCCUGCCGCCUACAAGCCACAGGACCUGCCUCACGGAUCGGUGUACUCCCUGGACAGCCACCACUCUCACUUUGUGCUGGUGGAGGAGGAUCCCAGCAGACCGGGCCUCACCAGCGAGAUGAGGGUGAAGCUGCUCAAGCACAUCUCUCUGCAGCGCACCGGUUACGGAGGUGCGGGCAGUUUCGAGAUCCCUGUGCUGUGUCUCCUGGUCCACGGGGAGCCGAGGAUCCUGAAGAGGAUGCACAAGGGCAUCGGCAAUUCCACGCCGUGGCUGAUCCUGGCGGGCUCGGGGGGCGUGGCCGACAUCCUGGUCACGCUGGUGAAUCGGGGCUGCUGGGAUACGGACAGCGUUCGCGAGCUGCUGCUGGACACCUUUCCCAGUGCCCACCACAGCACCGACAUCAGCAACUGGGUCAAGCUGAUCCAGAGGAUCCUCGACCACGGCCACCUCCUCACCGUGCACGACCCCGAGCAGGAGAGCUCCGAGCUGGACACGGUCAUCCUCAAAGCUCUCGUCAAGGCAUGUAAGAGCCAGAGUCAGGAGGCUCAGGACUUCCUGGACGAGCUGAAGCUGGCUGUGGCCUGGAACCGGGUGGACAUCGCCAAGAGCGACAUCUUCAACGGAGAUGUGGACUGGAAGGCGCGCGACCUCGAGGAGGUGAUGAUGGACGCGCUGAUCAACGACAAGCCCGACUUUGUGCGCCUCUUCGUGGACAACGGCGUGAACCUGGGCGACUUCCUCACGUACGGCCGCCUGCAGGAGCUCUACUGGUCCGUGUCGGAGAAGAGCCUGCUGCACAACCUGCUGCUCAAGAAGUACGAGGAGAAGCAGCUGCUGCUCGGCGCCGCCAGGGCGCCCGGCCCGCCCGGGCACCACCCGGCCGAGCAGGGGAAGCCCCGCUUCACCCUGUUCGAGGUUGCCAAAGUGCUGAAGGACUUUCUGCACGACUCCUGCAAAGGCUUCUACCAGAAGACUCCCACAGAGAAACCGGCCAAGGGUCGACUGUUCCACACCCAGAAGAACCUGCCCGAGUUGGAGGAGCGCUGCGAACACCCGUGGAGGGAUCUCUUCCUCUGGGCCGUCCUUCAGAACCGACAGCAGAUGGCCAACUACUUCUGGGCCAUGGGCCCCGAGGCGGUCGCGGCAGCGCUGGCGGGCUGUAAGAUUCUGAAGGAGAUGGCCCGACUGGAGUCGGAGGCCGAGUCCGCGCGCAGCAUGAAGGAGGCCAAGUACGAGCAGUUCGCCCUCGAUGUCUUCGGAGAGUGUUACUCCAACAGCGAGGACCGGGCGUACGCCCUGUUGGUGAGGAGAACACGCUGCUGGAGCAAGUCCACCGUCCUCAACCUGGCGACCGAGGCCGACGCCAAGUCCUUCUUCGCCCACGACGGAGUUCAGGCUCUCCUCACAAAGAUCUGGUGGGGCGCCAUGACGACGGACACGGCCAUCUCCAAACUCGUGGUGUCCUUCUUCUGUCCCGCCCUCAUCUGGACCAACCUCAUAAAGUUCAGCGACGAGGAACUCGACAAUCGCAGCAGCCAAGAGCAGUUUGGCGAGCUGGACAGUCUGGAUACAGAGAAGGCGCUGCUGCUCACUGACGACGACGACCCUCUGGACUCUCUCCCCGGCGAUGCAGCGGCGCAGAGCUGCGCCUCCGUCUGGUGGCGCUUCCUCCUCCGCCGCUGGCGUCGCUUCUGGAGCGCCGCUGUCACCGUGUUCCUCGGCAACGUCAUCAUGUACUUCGCCUUCCUCUGCCUCUUCACCUACGUGCUGCUGCUGGACUUCCGCCCGCCGCCGCCCGCCGGCCCCGGAGCGCCCGAGAUAAUCCUCUACUUCUGGGUCUUCACCUUGGUGCUGGAGGAACUCCGGCAGAGCUUUUUCACGGACGAAGAGAUCAACAUCUUGAAGAAGUUCAAACUCUACGUGGAGGACAACUGGAACAAGUGCGACAUGGUUGCCAUCUUACUCUUUGUCGUGGGGGUUUCGUGCAGGAUGGUCAGUCACACCUACGAGGCAGGGAGGACCGUCCUGGCCAUAGACUUCAUGGUCUUCACCCUGCGUCUGAUCCACAUCUUUGCCAUUCACAAGCAGCUCGGCCCCAAGAUCAUCAUUGUGGAAAGAAUGAUGAAGGACGUUUUCUUCUUCCUCUUUUUCCUGAGUGUGUGGCUCAUCGCGUACGGCGUCGCCACGCAGGCCCUCCUCCACCCCAACGACCCCAGGAUUGACUGGGUGUUCCGCAGGGCCCUGUACCGCCCCUACCUGCACAUCUUUGGCCAGAUCCCGCUGGAGGAAAUCGAUGCGGCUCGCAUGCCUGAAAUCAACUGCACCGACGACAGAGAGGAGAUCAUCUCGGGCCUUCGGCCGCCGUGUCCCAACGUCUACGCCAACUGGCUGGUCAUCCUGCUGCUGGUCAUCUUCCUCCUCGUCACCAACGUCCUGCUGCUCAACCUGCUCAUUGCCAUGUUCAGCUACACAUUCCAGGUGGUGCAGGGCAACACGGACAUCUUCUGGAAGUUCCAGAGGUACAACCUGAUUGUGGAAUACCACAGCCGCCCGGCACUGGCCCCGCCCUUCAUCAUCAUCAGCCACCUCUCUCAGAUCCUCCUCAGCCUCGUCAAGCAGCCCGAGUCCAAGCAGGAGCAUCUUGAGAGGGAGCUGCCGGCGGGGCUCGACCAGAGGCUGAUAACAUGGGAGACGGUGCAGAAAGAGAACUACUUGGCCAAACUGGAGCGGCAGCACUGGGAGAGCAGUGAGGAAAGACUCAAGAGCACCUCCUCAAAGGUCCAGAGUUUGCUGAGGAUCGUCGGUGGGUUCAAAGACCAAGAGAAGCGAAUGGCAUCCAUGGAGGCUCAGGUCAGAUACUGCGGAGAGGUCUUGUCCUGGAUGGCCGAGUGCUUUUCUCAGAGCACGCUCAAGUGUGGGAGAGAAGCUCCGACCGCUCCGCUGUCUCUAGCGGGCUGCAAGGCGAGCAGCGCCACGGACGCGUCCGCGAGUCAACCGGAGCAGGAGGUCAAACGGGAACGGAGAGAAGUCAAAAGAGGUCACCCAGGAUAUGGGGCGAACAAGAAAUUUCCUUAUAUCGAUGAUUAAAAGUGACAAAAAAGUGAGCGCUAAUUAUGAAUCUCUAUACGUGAGAUGAUUUUUUUUGUUGUUACAAUACUCUGAUGGUGGUACGGUGGAUUUGGUUUGGACUUAAUUUAAAUGAAUAGAAUGAAGUUGGAUACAGUCA